UAUAGUCCAUAAACAGUUAUGUGGUGACAGAAGCAAUACAAUACGAACGAACUUUCACAGUAGCAAUUCCACCAAUCACCAGUAACAGUGGAGCAGAGCUGCCUUUCCAAGAAACGCCUUCUUGGGAUAUUCCCACUGAAUGCGAACGAGUGCAAGAAGAACUUGGAAGUCUCCUCUUCGGAUUUUGAGGACGCUAUCUCACCUAUCUGACCUUUCUUAGUUUUGGAAGCCUCAAGUUUCUGGGUUUUGUACCCUCCCCUGAAUCAGUCUUUUGUGCCGAAAUGGAUGUAACUCGAUCUAACCCAGGAUUCCAAACAGAGAUAAAUUGGGACAAGCUUGAUAAAACAAAGUUUUAUCUGGUAGGAGCUGGAAUCUUUUCAGGGCUCACUGUUGCUCUAUAUCCUAUAUCAGUUGUUAAGACAAGAUUGCAGGUGGCUGACCAUAAUGCUGUGGAAAAGAAUGCUUUAUCCGUAAUCAGGGGAGUUUUAAGGACAGAUGGGAUUUCUGGUUUGUAUAGAGGGUUUGCUACAGUAGUUACAGGCACAAUUCCAGUCAGAGUUAUAUAUCUGACUGCACUGGAGAUGACCAAAGUAGCUGCUCUAAAGAUGACUGAGCCAUUCAAGUUUUCAGAACCUCUACAGGCAGCCAUUGCAAAUGGAGCUGGUGGAUUGAUAGCUUCACUCUGUUCACAGUCUGUUUUUGUCCCCAUUGAUGUGGUUAGUCAAAGGUUAAUGGUGCAAGGAUAUUCGGGCCAUGCUAGCUACAAUGGGGGGUUUGAUGUUGCUCGCAAAAUUCUGAAGUGUGAAGGCAUCCGUGGACUAUAUAGGGGAUUUGGUCUCUCUGUUAUGACAUAUGCUCCAUCAGGAGCUGUAUGGUGGGGAAGCUAUGGCUCAAGCCAGCGCUUCAUAUGGAGGCACUUGAUUGAUGGGAAUGAGCAGAGAGAAUUUGAUCCUAGCGAUGGGAUGAUAGUGGCAGUUCAAGCUGCUGGUGGAAUAGUUGCAGGUGCCACUGCAUCAUUGGUCACCACACCAUUUGACACCCUUAAGACACGCUUACAGGUAAAGGGACACGGAGACAACAAAGCUACUGCAAGGCAAGUUGUUAAAGAGCUUCUUUUAGAAGACGGAUGGACGGGAUUAUACAGAGGUCUGGGUCCGAGGUUUGUCAGCAUGUCGGCAUGGGGAACAUCUAUGGUACUAGCCUAUGAAUAUCUAAAGCGUCUGUGUGCAAAGAAUGAUUAGGUUCUCCCUGAACCAUUCACCGAGCGGCUUGCAUUUCGGAGCAUACAUAAAUUUUGCUAAUAGCACAACCUCUCACUGCUCGUACACACGGUGGAGUAGAUACCUUGUUUCAGGAAAUUGUAAUUUGAAUUUCAUAUUUUAGUUGACUGGGAAGCAAUGAUAUCCUCAGCUUGUUAAUCUGAUGACAAAUAGUUAGCGAUUCUUGCAGUUUAAUGAAUUUGAGUCUACAAUGGUUCCAUUCAAACAACUUUUUUUUGGAUAAUUGUUCUUUUGUUCUAAUCUACUAGAUUUUCU